GAGGAAAAGGUGGCAUUACCUGGAAAUCAGCUCAAUCUGUGAGCAAAGAGGGCCAAGAUCAAGGACACCUCUACACAGAGAAGAGGAAUAUCUGGGCACCAGUUUGCUACCCUGGACUGAUUCAUAUAAAAUUUACUAUUUGUCAGAGACAAGAAAGAAAUUAGAUAUCCCUGUUAAGAAAGGCAGUAGUCCUUCCUGGAUGAGCCCAUAAUAGUACAGCUUCUCCCAGCACAUCCACCACCACAUCUCUGAGGACAUGCCCAGCAUGCUCACUCUAUAGAAUGAGAACCUAGAAUUGAUGAAUUUUUUGUCCCAUCCUCAUUGGCCAGCACAUUCAUUUCCAUUUCACUUUUAUUUGCUUUAUUUAAGGUAGACAUCAUAGGUCUGCCAGCCUAACAAAAGCAUGAAUUUCACACAUCUCAGCAGACCUUACAUGAGUUUUCUUCACUCACCAACAUGCGUUGAAGCCCAGAGAAAUAAACCCAGCUCCUAAAACCAUUUUCAGUGAUUCAGCUCUGAGCCCCAACAGAAACAGCAUCAAACCCAGCAGCACUUACUUUCUGACAGAUCCAGGAAAAAGGGGCUUUCUUUGCAGAGAAGUAAUGGGAAAAAAAAAAUCAACAGGAAAGCCAGGAAGAAAGAAAUAAAUCAGACACCAGCCCAGCCCCUCAUGGACUGGUGAAACUCUUGUUAGUGUGUGUUUAAAGCUCCAGGAAGCAUCACCCGUCCCCACGUGCAAGGGGUCACCUGGAAGCAGCAGCAAGGACCUCUCCAUUGAAGCCCACAAGGUUUUUUUAUUUUUUUGGCAGAGAGGAAGUGCCUGUGGUGAGAGAAGAGAGCCAUGAGUUGCUAAAACAAACCAAAAGUGAACCACACGCUGGACAUUGGGCACUCACGUGAAGGUUCUGCACAGACCACCUGCCCUGCACAGAGAGAGCUGCAAUUGCAAAGAAUGAUGAAAUAAGGAAGAAUUGCAAAGAGAACAAUCAAGCACCUGAAGAACCCAGCUGUGUGCCAGCAGCACGUGUGCUUGGAGAUAAAUGAAAUAUGUACCUAUGGCAUGAAACACCUGCUGGGUAACAAAACAGUCUGGGCUCUGCCAUCCACAGCAGACCCCUGACUGUGCUGGAGACAAGGAGGCAGGAUCCCUGCCAAGACAAGCAAAGUGUGGCCUGCAUCAAAGCUGUGGGACUCGCCCAUAACUUCUGCAGAGCUGGAGCUGCUGUGGAUCCCCAGCGGGCUGUGGUGGCUGAUCCUGCCUGAGCCAAGAGCAGCAUCACUCUGGAUCUCUAGGGAAGUCAACCAGGAAAGAGCUUUGAGGCACCAUUGAGAACUGAUAAGGAUAUAUUAGCCCAAGCUCUGGACAAGAAGCAGAUUUCUUUGGGAAUCUAUUUUCUCAUCACGGCACAGACACCGAGCAUCACCUCCCUACCCAAGAGGGUCCUGAUGACAUCACAUCCUCCCCAAAGAGCGACACAGCCUCCCAAGAGAAGGGACACACAUCAUCUCAGCUCUGCUGCAGGCACAGACACCCCAGGAGAAGAUGGACAUGUCUCCUGCCCUGUUCCUGCUGCUCAGCCUGGGAUUCUGCUGCCCUGGGAUUUAUGGCCAGUCCCUUCAGAUAAAGGUCAGGUCUCCCAGGGACAUCAGCCAGCUCCAGCUGGGACAGAGGCUGGAGCUGGAAUGUCACACUGACAAGGAGAGUGGCGCAGCCUGGAUCCACCGGGACAAGAGGGGAACCCUUCACUUCAUUGUCUUCAUCAGCUCCACCUCCAGGACCACAUUUAGGAAUCAGGAAACAUCCAGACGCUUUGAAGCGAGAAAACACAGGACAGUCUAUUAUUUGGAAGUGAAAUCCUUCACACCACAGGACGAGGGGAGCUAUUUCUGUGUGAUGAAUUUCAAUCAGAUGCUGUACUUCAGCCCUGGCCAGCCUGCCUUCUUACCAGCCACCACAGUGGCACCCACCACGUGUCAGCCCACUACCAAGGGUGGCACAACUGAGGACCCCAACCUCAAGACUCCAGAUCCAGAGAGAAGAAUGCAGGAAGACCUGAAUUUCUUCUGUCACAUCUUCAUCUGGGUCCCCCUGGCAGGUGCCUGUGCCCUGCUCCUCAUCGCCCUGGUGAUCACCCUCGUGCUGUGCCGACAAACCAGAAGACGAAGAUGCAGGUGUAAGAGACCUGCAAACAGGAAGCCCCCCACAAAACCCAGGACACCAAACUAACACAGACCAGCAUCUGCUCCUUCUGCCCUCUGGAUCUUCUCCUGGGAGCAGUCAGCACAGAAUCCAUCUCCUACAUUAUCCACAAUGCCACAGCACCUCACCCCCUCUGCCCUGGCAGGUGUGAAGGGACAGGGAGCACAGGCACACAGACAAGCAGCACUUCCCUGUGAGCUGCAGGGUAAAAACAGCUCCUUCCAAACCCUUUCCUCAUGAAAGCACAGCUCCUUCCAAACCCUGAGCUUCUCUGGCAAUGCCAAAAACCUGCUCUGCUCCCAGUGAUGGGCUCAGGCACAAGAGCCAGGCCAGCCCUGAUGCUGACAUGCCCCAGUGAGAAGCUGAUGAGAAAUCAGGACAGGAGCUGGACCUUUGCUCAAAGCUGUGUGCAAUUUCCUCCCAGAAUGCAGCCACAGGUGGAAUUUGCUACAUAAAGCCUUAGAAAUAAUUCUCCUCACUCAAUACAUGAUCUUGUUGUGGUACCUCUCUCCUUGGGCUUUUAUUGUUUCGUGUAAUGGAAUACAAGACUGAAUUGAGAAGCUAAAUAUGGAUUAAAGGGCCUUACUUCUGAGGUUUUUACAGUCCUGGGGGCUGAGGUUCACUGUUCCCCUCACACUUGUUCUGCUGCUACCUCUGAUCCACCUAUUUCUGCAGGAGUUUGGCCUGAGUAAGGAAAGUGGGAUUUGCUUUCUAAGUGAAAUGCCUGAGUGAUUUAAAAAAAAAAAAUCUUUGUCACUUAUUUUGGUUAAGCAGGACUUUUAACAUGUUGCUAUUUUGGGGACAUAUUACAGACUACUGUAAAUUCUGUUUUUUCAGAUCUGUAUUUCAUGUAAAUAUUUCCUCAGUAUACUUGCAAUUUAAGAACUGAGACAUAAAAUAAAAUUAUUCUAGUCAGA